GCCUAUCUUUGAAAAUUUGGUUUAGACUGACUGACUGUGUGUGAGAGAGAGCCCUGACACUUAAAAUCCCAUUAUUACAUCUUUUACAAUCACCUAGGGUUCUCCGCUACUUCUGCCCAACUACUGUGUCAUUACCGUCUCAUGUAUGCGCACACAUAUAUUUUUCAAUUCUCAAACCUAAUCUGAGCCUUGUGCACAGUGAAUUCUUCACUGUUCUUCAAAUUUCCGGCAACAGUUGAUUUCAAUGGCUGUAGACGAAGAUGCUGAACAGGAAUUUGCUCCGCCGAAGAAGAACACACCUUCUGAUGAAGAUGAAAGGAGAAAGAAGAUUGUGCCUGGAAGUUUGAUGAAAGGUUUGAUGAGGCCUGGAGGGGGUGAUUCAAGGCCAGCUGAUGGUGAUCAGGUGAUAUAUCAUUGCACAGUUCGUACUCUAGAUGGAGUCGUCGUUGAGUCCACAAGAUCAGAAUUAGGAGGUGAGGGUACACCAAUAAGGCAUGUUUUAGGUAAAAGCAAGAUGAUACUGGGAUUGCUAGAAGGAAUUCCCACGAUGCUGAAGGGUGAAGUUGCAAUGUUAAAGAUGAAACCCGAAAUGCAUUAUGGUGAGGAUGAUUGUCCUGUUUCAGUUUCCGAUAACUUUCCGAAGGAUGCUGAACUUCAUUUUGAGAUUGAGAUGAUAGAUUUUUCUAAAGUCAAGGUCAUCAGUGAAGAUUUAGGAGUUCUGAAAAAGGUAGUAGAUGAAGGUCAGGGUUGGGAAUCACCAAGGGAACCAUAUGAAGUAAAGGCUUGGAUUUCUGCAAAGACUGGGGACGGGAAGUUGAUAUUAUCACGCACUCAAGGAGAACCAUUUUUCUUUACUUUUGGAAAAUCUGAGGUACCUAAAGGUCUGGAAAUGGGAAUGGGAACGAUGACAAAAGGAGAGAAGGCAGUAAUUUAUGUUACCAAUCAAUACUUAACUAAAUCUUCCUUCAUGGCCAUGGUAGAAGGUAUUCAAGAAGUUCAUUUUCAAGUGGAGCUUGUCCACUUCAUUCAGGUGCGUGACAUGCUUGGAGAUGGGCGCCUAAUAAAACGGCGUAUUCGUGAUGGAAGAGGUGAUUUUCCUAUGGAUUGCCCUCUUCAAGACAGUCUACUACGUGUCCAUUACAAGGGCAUGCUGCUUGAUGAUGAUAAGACAGUCUUCUAUGAUACAAAAGUUGAUAACAAUGGUGAGCCUCUGGAAUUCAGCUCAGGGGAAGGGCUGGUGCCUGAAGGGCUUGAAAUGUGUGUUCGCUUGAUGUUGCCUGGAGAGUUAGCUCUUGUUACCUGCCCUCCCGAUUAUGCAUAUGACAAGUUCCCAAGGCCAGCUAAUGUUCCAGAAGGUGCUCAUAUUCAAUGGGAGAUCGAGCUUCUUGGUUUUGAGAUGGUCAAGGACUGGACUGGUUUAAACUUUAGAGCUAUAAUGGAGGAUGUAGAGAAGAUCAAAGGCACGGGUAACAGGCUUUUUAAAGAAGGAAAGUUUGAGCUUGCUAAGGCAAAGUAUGAGAAGGUUCUUCGUGAAUUUAAUCAUGUUAAUCCACAAGAUGAUGAGGAAGGAAAAGAGUUUUCAGAUACAAGAAAUUUGUUACAUCUUAAUGUGGCUGCCUGCUAUCUGAAAAUUGGAGAAUGUAGAAAGUCCAUUGAGGCAUGCAAUAAGGUAUUAGAUGCAAACCCUGUUCAUGUCAAAGCUCUUUAUCGCCGUGGAAUGGCCUACAUGUCAGCUGGAGAUUUUGAGGAAGCAAGGAGAGAUUUUAACAAGAUGACGAGCAUUGACAAGUCAUCUGAACCUAAUGCAAGGGCAGCUCUUGUAAAAUUAAAACAAAGGGAGCAGGAAGUUGAUAGGAAGGUUCGUAAACAAUUUAAAGGACUGUUCGACAAGAAGCCAGGGCAAAUUGCGGAUGUCGAAAUCAACAAUGGAGGAGAAGAUCCGAAUCCUGUAGAAAAUCAUGAGAAGGGUGAUCAGGAUGAUCCAGAUGGGAAUAAAGAGGAGGAGGAACUUCAUGAAGCUGCAGCUGCAGCUGCUCCACCUCAAAUGGGUUUUUUAUACCAAGCGUGGCCUACUGGUAGAAGAUUCUUCAGAGCUCUUGGGCUGCAGAGAUGUUCUAUAUUGUGAGUUAGGCUCAAUAAUAUCUCCCAACCCAGGGCAUCUAACUUCUAAAAACUAGUUAGUUGUUUAUACCACCCACCAUAAGAAGGUGCGUAAAUUAAAUUUGGCUGGGAAUGGAGACGUGUGUUAGAGAUGUCAUAUUUUUCAUUCCCUUUCAUUUUCUCUGAACAAAAAUAAAGAGCGAAAAAGAAAUACACCGCUAUUGUAGAUGUUCUUUUAUUUUAUUUUUGAUACUUUUGCAACUGCAUCUUGCUACUACCAUUUUCACCAGAAUAAAGUCGGAAUGAUCUGAGAAUCCGGAGAAGCAUGAUGUUAUCCCAUUUCUGAAAGGGGGUUUAGAUUAAUGGUGCAAAUGGACUGAGGUGAAACGUGCGUUCGAGCUCAGCUUAGUUGAGCUUUACUUGUGCUCAUCAGGCCUCUGCCAUGUUUAUUUUAUUGGGGUGUCUUGGUUUGAUUGAGCCUAAUGAAUAGACUACAAAUCAAACACUACUUGAGUACAUGUAAUUUAGUCAGCUUCUUGAGUUUCAA